GCAGCCGGGAGCUGCAACUGUCUGCGGGGCUGCCAGCGGCUCGCCCCGGGUGCGCGCCCAGGGGCGGACGGACGCCGCUGAUCUCGUCCCGUCCCCCCGUCACACCCCCCCCUCCCUCCCGCCUCGUGUUGCUCUCGGUCCCUCCCUGGGAACAGGCGCUGCCCACCCAAGGAGGCGACCGGCGCUGGUGCCCGGCUCCCGCUUGCUCACUCGCACACACAUAUACCCGUGCGUGCGCGUCUCCCGCGCUCUCAGUGAAGUCGGGGCUUGUGUCUCCAGGUUGCUCAGACCUGAAGUCUGAGGGAAAACGCUGAGCGUUUGCGUGGCUGCUCCUGCCGCUGGUGCUGGGAGCGGUGAAGAGGAGGGAGGGGUGGGUUUUUUUCGUUGUUUUGUUGGGUUUGGGUUUUGGUUUUUUUUUUUCUUACUUUCCCUUUAAUUCAAUGGAUCUGAACUUGGAACCUUUGGACCUCGGCGGUUUUGGAAUAUCUUCAUGCUGAUCUUCCUUGUUGUGACACAUCAGCUUGUUUGGGGAAACCAUCCGAAGACAGCAAGAUGUUCCUCGUUAUCUUGUACUUCGCUUUGCCCUUAGUGGAUGUACUUCUGUCCGCAGAAGUGAGCGCGCUGCCUGGAGGGGACCGCCUGGAUUGCGUGAAAGCCAGCGACCAGUGUCUCAAGGAGCAGAGCUGUAGUACUAAAUACAGGACACUGAGGCAGUGUGUAGCCGGCAAAGAGAGCAACUUCAGCCGGGCGACAGGCCUGGAAGCAAAGGAUGAAUGCAAAAGCGCCAUGGAAGCUCUCAAACAGAAAUCUCUCUACAACUGCCGCUGCAAGAGGGGCAUGAAGAAGGAGAAAAACUGCCUGCGCAUUUACUGGAGCAUGUACCAGAGCUUACAGGGAAAUGACUUGCUUGAAGAUUCCCCUUAUGAGCCAGUUAACAGCAGGCUAUCGGACAUAUUCAGGCUAGCACCAAUUGUAUCAGUGGAGCCAGUACUUUCAAAGGGGAACAAUUGCUUGGAUGCAGCAAAAGCUUGUAACCUAAAUGAUACCUGCAAGAGGUUCAGAUCUGCUUACAUAACCCCCUGCACCAGCAGCACGUCUAAUGAAAUCUGUAACAAGCGGAAGUGUCAUAAGGCCCUCCGGCUAUUUUUUGACAAAGUCCCCCCAAAGCACAGCUACGGGAUGCUCUUCUGCUCCUGUCGAGACGUAGCCUGUACAGAAAGGAGACGGCAGACUAUUGUUCCUGUGUGUUCAUAUGAGGACAGGGAGAAACCAAACUGCCUGAAUUUACAAGAGUCCUGCAAGAAGAAUUACAUCUGCAGAUCUCGCCUUGCAGAUUUCUUCACGAACUGCCAGCCUGAGUCACGGUCUGUUAGUAGCUGUCUGAAGGAGAACUAUGCUGACUGCCUCCUCGCUUACUCGGGGCUUAUUGGCACGGUGAUGACACCAAACUACAUAGACUCAAACAGUCUCAGUGUUGCCCCAUGGUGUGACUGCAGCAACAGCGGUAAUGACAUAGAUGAAUGCCUGAAAUUCCUGAAUUUCUUCCAGGACAAUACAUGCCUUAAAAACGCAAUUCAGGCCUUCGGCAAUGGUACUGAUGUGAAUGUGUGGCAGCCAAUCUUACCAGUACAGACCACUACAGCCACAACUACAACAGCUUCCAGACUUAAAAACACAGGUUCAGAGACCACCAACAAUGAAAUACCCACCCACAACGAUUCACCAGCAUGUGCAAACCUGCAGAAUGAGAAUCGCUAUGUGACACAAAUGAAAGUGUCCGCAUUUAAGUCUCAUCUGUAUUAAGAUACUGAUUUUCCAGAUUCCCACACUCUUCCACACUAUAGCAUUAGUAUUUCACUUACAAAAAAUUGAUUUUGUGUUCUUCAUGUUAAACUGCAUCAUACCUUCCAUGUUCACUAAAGUGGACUGUUUGUAUUCCUCAGAAAUGUAUUUUGCUUCUAAAUUUUUCCUGCACAAAUUUCUCACCUUCAUCCUUUCCUAGUUUCUACCUUUAUUUUGAAUUGGCAAUUGCGUACGAAUUAACAUUUUUCAGAGGCAUUAAAGAGUCACAAAGCAUAGGGGGUUAAUGGUAGAUGGUGUUGAGUUCAGGUCUUUCUGGUUUAAUUCUUUUUUUCAUACCUUGCAUUCAUUAUUAGUUAAGCUUUGUAAGUUAUUGAUGAGAAGGAGAUAGAUGCAGGCAUAUAUUUGUAUGCAAAUAGAAUAUGCUAGAAGAAAUGUAACCUUUUAAACCUGAGACCUGGAAUAUCUUGCAUUUAAAGCAAGACCUUGAUGGGAUAUUAUUAAUUCACUUAAUGUUAUAUUCAAAAGUUGUUUUAUGGGUGAGAUCAAAUUUUCCUUCGAUGUUUGUGCAGUCCCCUGUAGAGUAAGGCCUCCAGAUGCUACCAAAGUACAGCUAAUAAAUAAUGAGCUGAAGAAAUGACAAGUGAUCAAAAAUCCCAUUGGAUUCAGUUCGAUUUGCAAAUGUUCGUUAACCCUGAAUAGCUUUCCCAGUGCUUUGAAAAUUAAUAAAAUUAUUCCCUGUCUUUACUCAUGUUAUUUUGGCAUUUUGAAGUUCCGUCCAACGUGAGUUUAUCAGCACUGGUUUAAAGCUAUGUUAUGACUUCCAGUGUACCCCUGUUAUAUUCAACACAAGAAGUAAAUGUCAGGAAAAGAGCUUGCUUUAAAUAAGUGAUCUCUGCUGUUUUGUAAAAACUGUAGGUGAGUCUGCACUAAAAGGUCACUGAAGUUACAUGGAUCAAGCAGUUUCAUUCUUGUGAAGCUCAUGAUUCUGCUGCUCGCUACUUCCUUGUGUCAGAACUGAAACACGAAGAACAAAGCUCUUAUAUUUUAAUGUAUUCUUCAAAAAAAACUAACUUACAAAUAGAGACAAAAUGAGCCCACACUUUUUUAAAAGGAAACCUGUGUUUGUUGGACAGUAUGGUGCCACUUUGCAUGUGAGACUUAAAAUUCAAUGCAAAUUUUACAAAGGAACUGGAGCUUUCAUAUCACACUUGAAGGGUAUUCAUUCCAAGGCUCUCCUCCCAUGAAAAAUAUGCCUUUGUAGUAUUUUCAAAACAUGAACUAGUGCGACCAGAAGUAAUCUGAAGGUCUUUGUUAUAUGCUUAGCAGUUGAGCUGAAAGGUUUCAAAAAGGCAAUAUGGCCAAAACAGUGAAAAGUAGAAUUAAAAGCAUUAGUCUCAGCACAAAAAGACAAUGGCAGAGAGAGGAAAAGGAAAUAAUCACUGGGAUGCUACAAGGCUGCACAUCCUAGUUAGUGGGUUUAAAAACACAGUGAAGGAAGAAAGAAUAGGAAGUGAUUGAUCAGUAUAAAUUGCCAUAGAAAUGAACAAAUACUAACCUCCUGGGGCUGUAAAAUACAGGGCACUAACCCAAUCUGCCAAGAGUGUCACUGGCUGAGCAAUUUUUGAUGCAUUUUUUUUCUGACUUGUUCAAAAUGGUUGUGUGAAAAGCAAGAAUACACUAAUGGUUUUGUUGCUGUGCCUUGUUCACCUGGCCACAUGCAAAACUGG